UUUGUCAUUCACUCAUUCAUUCAUAUGUUAUAUCCUUCAACAACGAGUCUAUUUCCUUCUUUCAUCAUCAGCUUGGUGCGUUGCGAAGGGGGUCUUUGAUUCUCUUAAAUUAAAAAUGACUGAGACCUUAAAACUUAGAGGGACUCUUUGUGGUCACAAUGGGUGGGUUACCCAAAUUGCCACCAAUCCUAAAUAUCCGGACAUGAUAUUGUCAUCUUCUCGAGACAAAACACUUAUUGUAUGGAAGUUGACUCGUGACGAAACUAACUACGGUGUACCGCAGAAGCGUCUGUAUGGACACUCCCACUUCAUUUCUGAUGUGGUACUGUCCAGUGACGGCAACUACGCUCUGUCAGGUUCCUGGGACAAAACUCUUCGUCUCUGGGAUCUCGCAGCCGGAAAAACUACCAGGCGUUUUGAAGACCAUACUAAGGAUGUCCUGUCUGUGGCAUUCUCAGUUGACAACCGCCAGAUUGUAUCUGGUUCACGUGACAAGACCAUCAAGCUGUGGAACACCCUUGCAGAGUGCAAGUAUACUAUUCAAGAUGAUGGCCACACUGACUGGGUUUCAUGUGUGCGUUUCUCACCGAACCAUGCUAACCCUAUCAUUGUUUCUGCUGGUUGGGACCGUACCGUGAAGGUAUGGCACUUGACCAACUGCAAGUUGAAGAUCAACCACUUGGGUCACUCUGGAUAUUUGAACACAGUGACUGUAUCUCCUGAUGGUUCACUCUGUGCAUCUGGUGGCAAGGACAUGAAAGCUAUGCUCUGGGAUCUGAAUGAUGGCAAACACCUUCACACCUUAGACCACAAUGACAUAAUCACAGCACUGUGCUUCUCACCCAACAGAUAUUGGCUUUGUGCUGCCUUUGGGCCUUCUAUUAAGAUCUGGGAUCUGGAAAGCAAGGAAAUGGUUGAGGAGUUGAAGCCCGAGAUUAUUAACCAGACACAGACCUCCAAGACGGAUCCACCCCAGUGUCUUUCCUUGGCAUGGUCUACUGAUGGUCAAACCCUCUUCGCUGGCUACUCCGACAACAUCAUAAGAGUCUGGCAGGUUUCAGUCUCUGCGAGAUAAGAUGUUAAAUAAGAAUGGUUUCAUUUAUUUUUGUCCUCAAUUAAAAGUAUAAAAAUAAAUGGAAUUGACUGACA